UUUAGCGCGUAUCUGAGGAAAUUCACAUUAUCUCCGCGUGUUUUGGCUGAAGUAAAGUGUGACCAAAGGUUAUCAGAUUAGAUUUUAAAUUAGAUAUCGAUUGUGUUCAGAUUUGUGAACUGAACCGAACUCUGAGGUAAAAUGUUUUAUUAUCCAAACGUGCUUCAGCGUCACACUGGCUGCUUCUCUACUAUCUGGCUGGCAGCCACUAAAGGCAUCAGGAUUUCCAGAAGAGAGUACCUCAAGGUCAACGUCAUGCGCACUUGUGAGGACAUUGUGGAUUACGUGAUGGUCCAGGUUCCUCCAAGCCAUCCUAGUCUUCCCCGGCCCCGUUUCUCUCUUUACCUGUCCUCUCAGCUUCAGUAUGGCGUAGUCAUCGUCUACCAUCGCCAGUGUGCUCUUCUGCUGGAGGAGGUCCAGCAGACCAUCGAGCGCUUGCUUCGCUCAAAGAGACACUUGAACAUUGACAUGCCGGACACUGACAGGUUGGUGCUGAAUGUCGCUGACUCUCUGUUCCAGCUAGAGGAGGCUGAAUGGGCACUGGAACCGUUUUUUGGAGUGAUGGGGGUUGAUUGUGAUCUGCCUAGUUCUUACGUGUCAUCUCAGGAAUUUAUGGAGGCCUCACCUUCUCUGGCGGUCAGAAAGGAAAUUACAUUACCUAAAGACCUCAAUGCUUCUCCUGAAUCAAUCACCAUCAAAGAUGCAGAGCUGGUUCCUGUGCUCGGCACGGAGUUUGGUGGGGCAGAGUUACCUGAAGCCACGGCUCAUGAGAUUGACAUGCUCAUGGAACAGCAGGAUCUGUUCCAUCUUGGUGAUGAUGAAGAUAAGGAGAGAGAGAGGGUGACAGAAGGGGAGAAAUCAGGAUAUAUGGAUCCUGCUAUGGUCUCUAUAGAACAACUGAAGAACAGUGAGUGCAUCGUGGAUGAGAGGAAUGGGCGUCUUACGGAGGUCACCUUAGAUCGGGUCGCUCUGGAGAUGACUCCUCCCCCCAUCACCAUGCCACCAACCACUGAGGCCAGUGAGAGAGACGUCGAGAUGGAGCGCUCCAGUGAGAAACUCUCAGUUGAGCAAUCUGUGCAUCCAAAGAGGCGAAGUCGCAAACGGCAACUGAUCUUCGCCGACCAAAACACACAGAUUACCCAGGAUGCAAUGCGACAACAAAUCAACAACCCUCUGAUUGAAACCCAAUCUCUGUCUGAUGUACUCUUAAGUAUUUCUGCCUCUCGGAAGGCAUCAGCAUCAGUUCUGCUCAGCACACCGUGUAACAUGCUCAUCCACCCUGAUCUCCAGAAACUAUGGAAAUCCUCCAGCGUUUCUUCCACCCUCCCCCGUCCCCGCAGGAAACGGCAGGCGCAGGAGGAGGGUGAGCAGUUGGACAAGGAGAAAGAAAGAGGGACGGAGAGGAGUCGGGAGUCUAGCAGAGAGGUGGUCAGGGAGUCUGGUGAGGCGGCUCUGCUUCUGUCUGAGCUCUCAGCUGGUUCUGACGUGCUGCUGGAUGUGUCUAAAGGAGACAAGUCUCAGAGUGACCACAUCACUCCCACCAACAGAUGGUCUCCUAUAGAAGAGGCUCCUGUGUCUAUGGAGGUGAUAUUAGAGGAACAUGUUGAACUGCCACAGGGAGAGACGGAGCCCGAGAUGAGUGACAUCACCACCGCUGACCUGCUCAGACUGAUCAUUGGCUUCAUCAAGCGCUUUGAGAAGGUCUCCUUUCACUCACUGCUGCCUCCAGAGGCCGAGCGCAGCACUACAGCUCAUCUGUUCUACAAACUACUGGAGGUGCUCGGUGGUCUGAAGUUAAGUGUACAUCAGACUGAACCGUUUGGAGUCAUCACCAUUACCAUGAACCGUUGAACACACACACCAUGUGCAAACAUACAUGCUCUCAAGAAAGUUGAAGCUGUUAGAUUGGUUUAACUGAGCACGAUGUUAUGCUGAAAUAUAUUAAGCCAGUUCAGAGGCUAGUUUUUGUAUUCAUAACAAAGAACAGUACAGAAAAACUUGUACAUAAUAUUUGAUGAUUAUGAAUAAUUGGUUACUGUAAUUAUUAUUUUAAUGUAAAUAAUCUCGCAUAGCAGUUGCAUGGUCUUAGAGCGAUAAAGUGUUCUUUUUAGAUAUUUUUUUAAUGAAUUUUUAUGAUGUUUUGAACUUUAUGACGUUUAAUGUUUUCAUUUGUAUAUAUACUGUAUAUAACUUG